AUGUUCGCAGUGCGACGAUACCGGUUACUUUUACUCGUCGCGAUAUCCUUGGCGAUCUCGGUCUACUACCUGACUACUCGUGCAUCAUGGGAAACGACCGACGCCGAGCGUGUUGGGCGCGUCCACCUCAAGAACGAUCCCACAGCAGAACGUCCCGUCGUCAAUAAUCCGCUUGUGGUACCUCAGCGACCUCCUCCAGACCAAGAAGCAGCAGAUUCACCGGCAACGACAUCCGAAACUCGUGUAAUAUCUUCUCCUAGUACGAGCACUGACCUCGACUCCUCGACGACUUAUUCCACGAAACUUGCCGAGCCAACGAUCACUAGUGAGGAACUGCUGUUCAAGGAUGAGAGCUCAACUAGUGGGCUCGACGACGAAAACACCGGCAGGUACGAGGUCGACGAGGAUUCGGACGAUGACGAGAAAAUCCAUUGGCAGAAACCCAUUAUACACUUUCCAUUCCCCGAGGACGAAAUCAUAGGGUUACCCUCAGGAUCUGCUCGGAAACUGCCCAGGGUACAAGCUGUCUUGCAGGAGGAGACAUCAGCUGCUCGAAAAGACAGGCUCAGGAAGCUCAGUGUCAUCAAAGGAUCAUUCAAGCACGCGUGGAACGGCUACAAGAGAUACGGUCUGCCUCAUGAUGAGGUGAAGCCACUGUCUGAGGGAUUUGCUGACCCCUUUAUGGGUUGGGGAGCUACACUGGUUGAUACUCUUGACACGUUAUGGAUAAUGGGAAUGACAAAGGAGUUUGAAGAAGCUCUACUCUUGGUUGAGAAAAUCGACUUCAAAUCAUCAGCGAGGAAGGACAUCCCACUGUUCGAGACAGUAAUUCGGUAUGUUGGUGGUCUGCUAGGCGCUUACGAUGUCAGUGAGCACAAAUAUCCAAUACUUCUCAAUAAGACGGAACAGUUGGCAGAGAUCCUACUAGGCGCAUUCGACACGCCGAAUCGUAUGCCGUUGACUUUCUACAACUGGGCUCCUUCAGAUACGUCGCGGCCGCGUCGAGCAAGUGCACAUGCUGUCAUGGCUGAGCUGGGGUCCCUAUCUAUCGAGAUGACGCGUCUGGCACAGAUAACGAAGAGGGAUGUCUACUACGAUGCUGUGGCGCGAAUCACUAAUGAGCUUGAGAAGUGGCAGCCGAAGACUUUGAUGCCGGGACUGUGGCCGUUGAAGGUUGACGCUUCGGGUUGUGGGAAGGCAGCACGUCGAGGGAAGAACGGCGAGAACGGAGAAGGGAAAGUCGAUAACUCCAAGACUGAAGAGUUUGACAUUAAUGGGGAAGAGCCUGCCAUCAAGCCGAAGGAAUUCACAUCGGACCAAGAAGAAAGGCAUAGUGGUCAUAUCGCAGAAAGAAGCGUGCCUCCACCUUCAGUUCUCAUGGAGAAGGAGAGAGAUACUUUGUUGCCAAAAGAGCAAAACCAGGAAGUCUUAGCUGUGGCGUGCACGCCCCAAGGCCUGUCUGCUGAGGCCAACUUCAAAUCUCAGAUAUACGGUAUCGGUGGCCAAGCAGAUUCAACAUACGAAUAUUUACCGAAAAUGCAUGCUCUUUUGCAAGGCCGUUCUCGUCAAUUCGAGGCCAUGUACAAGAAUGCUCUUCACACUGUGCGAGACCAGCUUCUGUUCAGACCAAUGAUCAAGGACACUAAUCGUGAAAUCCUCUUCGCCGCCCGACAUGAGUUCAAACCGAAAGCCAAAGCCAAAGCGAAAAGGCACGUUGUUACGUACGAGGUCACCCACCUAUCGUGCUUUAUUGGAGGCAUGUUUGGGCUCGGGUCAAGGUUGUUUGGUAUAGAGAGCGACCUGGAGCUCGCUAAGCAGCUUACAGACGGCUGUGUUUGGGCAUACGCUUCGACACCUACAGGUGUGAUGGCUGAACUAGCUGCUAUCGUACCGUGCCCGGAUUUGGAUGUUUGUGCAUGGAACGAAACAAGAUGGCACGAAGCACUUGACCCUGACAAGGAAGAGAGGUUCGCUGCGGUCGAGGCGUGGAAUAAGAACCAGGAGGCAAUAUACGACAGAGCGAGGAAGGAAGUAAAUGAUGAUUCUGAGGGGGAAAUCGAUCGCGAAACGGGAGAGUUGGCGGAUGAGAAGGAGCCGCUUCAAUUUGUUCCGAAGGUCGCGCUUUCCCAUGAAAAACACGUGAAAGCACGUAUUCAGGAGGAGCGACUCCCACCAUCAUACACGAAAUUUGAAGCGCGUCACUACGGGCUUCGACCAGAGGCGAUUGAGUCAGUAUUCUACAUGUAUCGACUGACAGGCGAUGAAACCUGGAGACAGAAAGGCUGGAAAAUGUUUCAGGCUGUACAGGGUGCAACACAGACAGUGGUCGCGAACGCAGCAAUGGAGGAUGUUACUAGUCAGAUUGGAGAGUUAGAUGAUUCGAUGGAGAGCUUCUGGCUAGCAGAGACGUUGAAGUAUUUCUAUUUGCUUUUUGAAGAGCCUACUGCUUGGAGUUUGGAUGAAUGGACUCUCAAUACAGAGGCUCAUCUCAUGAAAAUCCCGGAGGGUUGA